AUCCCUCCUCCCUCGGAGCGAAAAAUCUUCCUCUCUCUCGCGGCCGCCGAUUCGGAAAGAACGAGCGAGGAGGAUGAGCUACUACAACCAGCAGCCACCCGUCGGCGUCCCUCCUCCCCAAGGUUAUCCGCCGGAGGGGUACGCCAAGGACGCCUAUCCGCCGCCCGGGUACCCGCAGCAGGGCUACCCGCCCGCGGGCUACCCACCGCAGGGGUAUCCGCCGGCGGGGUAUCCGCAGCAGGGAUACCCUCCGCCCUACGCUCAGCAGCCGCCGCCCCGGCAGCAGAGCAGCGGCCCUUCCUUCGUCGAAGGAUGCUUGGCUGCUCUUUGCUGCUGCUGCCUUCUGGAUGCUUGCUUCUGAGAGGGAAUCAGAAGAAAAAGGAAGGAUAUAAUCACCAUAUGGUCUGAUUUAAGGCGAGAGUGGUGGUUCCAUCAACUAGUUUCCAUGUAAACAGUGAUUUCUCCCUUCUUUUACCUUUGUUGUAAGAAACCUCGAAUUUAGUGUGCCUUCCUGGUUUUACAUUUGAAUUUCCAUACCUGCUAUUUAAUAAAAGAUGAAUGUAUCCUUUAUUGGUGUUC